UCGCCAGGCCGGCGAGAGCUCAGGAUUUCUUGCCCCAUCACCAAGUGGCAACGGGGGCCUGCGGGGGGCCCCAGAGCUCCUCGGUGGCUGAUGCUUGGCCCUUGACCUCGGCACCAUGGACCCCAGCCUCAAGAACGUGCUCGUGGUUUCCUUCGGCUUCCUCCUGCUGUUCACCGCCUACGGAGGGCUGCAGAACCUGCAGAGCAGCCUCAACAGUGAGGAGGGCUUGGGGGUCACGGCCCUCAGCACCCUCUAUGGCUCCAUCCUGCUGUCCUCCAUGCUCCUGCCCCCCGUGCUCAUCAAGAGGUUCGGCUGCAAGUGGACCAUCGUGGGGUCCAUGUGCUGCUACGUGGCCUUCUCCCUGGGCAACUUCAAAGCGAGCUGGUACACUCUGAUCCCCACCUCCAUCCUGCUGGGGUUGGGGGGCGCCCCGCUCUGGUCUUCCCAGUGCACCUACAUUACCAUUUUGGGGACCAUCAAUGCCGAGAAGACAGGGCGGGCCAGCAAGGACGUGGUCAACCAGUACUUCGGCAUCUUCUUUCUCAUCUUCCAGUCGUCCGGCGUCUGGGGCAACUUGAUCUCCUCUCUGGUGUUUGGCCAGACCGCCACUCCAGAGUCCAUCCCCGAGGAGCAGCUCCCGUCCUGCGGGGCCAGUGAUUGCCCGACGGGCGGUGUGUCCAACAGCAGUGGCAACAGCACCCAGCGCCCGGCCGAGAACCUGGUCUACACUCUGGUGGGCAUCUACACAGGAUGCGGCGUGCUGGCAGUCUUGCUGAUAGCGAUAUUUCUGGAACCCACAAAAAAUCUCCAGCAGAGAAGGGAGGAGGAUCAGAAAACGUCCCUCUUGUCCAACGUACUGUCCACGUUCAAGCUGCUCAGAGACAAGCGGCUGUGUCUGCUGGUUCUGCUGCCCCUGUACAGCGGCUUCGAGCAGGCCUUCCUGUCCGGCGACUACACCAAGUCCUACGUCACCUGCGCCCUGGGCAUCCACUUCGUGGGCUACGUGAUGAUCUGCUUCGCGGCCACUGACUCGCUCUGCUCCCUGCUGUAUGGGAAGCUGUCCCAGUACACGGGCCGCAUCGCCAUCUAUGCCCUGGGUGCGCUGACCCACCUGGGCUGCAUCACGGCCCUGCUGCUGUGGAAGCCACGUCCGGAGCAGCUGCCGGUGUUCUUCGUCUUCUCCGCCCUCUGGGGGGUGUCGGACGCUGUGUGGCAGACCCAGAACAACACUCUGUUCGGCAUGCUGUUUGAGAAGAACAAGGAGGCGGCCUUUGCCAACUACCGCCUGUGGGAAGCCCUGGGCUUCGUGGUGGCCUUCGGCUACAGCACGUACCUGUGUGUCCACGUCAAGCUCUACAUCCUCCUCGGGGUCCUGGCUGUGGCCAUGGCAGCCUACGGCGCCGUCGAGGCCAUGGAAGCCAGGCCCCAGGCCCAGCCUCUCACCAUGCAGGAGAUGGACCCUGCCCCGGACAAGGGGCCCCAGACACACAUGUGACCCCGGUUGUUCUCAGAAAGUGUCCCCACAAGGGGUCCCUGGAGGCCCCUCAAGGGGCAUGGGUAUGCUUACGGGGAUCCCAGCAAGCCCUGCGGCCGUGCUAAAACAUGCUCUCCUCUCCGCCUCCACUCCAUGCACCCCGGGAGCUGGGCUCCAGAGCAAGGGCCGGGUGGGGGCAGCUGCAUGGGACGCAGAAGGAUACCCGGGGGCUGUACGUGCUCUUGCCACUGUUCUGAAGCCGGGAAACACUGGCUCAAAUGUCUAAGCCUACCUGCCAGUCCUGUAGGCGGGAAAAAUGGGUCGCCUCCCUCCACAGAGGGGCAGGGACACAGCUGGGGCCAGCAGCCCCACUUCCUGAAAGGUGUCCGACACAAGUCUCUAAAUAAAUGCAGUCACACGGA